CUACCCUUAUCAUUAAGGGAUGUAAUUUGUAAAAUCUCGUGAUUCUAUAGUUUAUUUACAUGAGUUACAAGAUGGCUGAAGAGGUUCAUUGUAUGCACUUUGUAGAAAGAAAAAAACGGUACUGUCGUAUGACAGUUAGAAAAGGUAACAAGUAUUGUGGUGAGCAUCAAGGCCUUUCGUUAGACAUUAAUCGCGACACUAAUGGGAGGCCUGAAGAUAAAAGAGUGAAAUGCCCUCUUGACUCGAAACAUACCUGCUAUGAGUCAAAGUUAUCCAAACACUUGAAGGUGUGCAAUGCAAAGCAAUUACUGGACUCCCAGCCUUCAUUUAUAGUAAAAGGGAUUAAUUUGGACAAGACAUGCGAAACAUCACAACAUGUGCCCCUACAUGAGCUCAAUCAGCUUGUAAUAGAUGCUGUCAUAAACAAAGUAAAAGAUGCUUAUGAAAAGUUACCACAAUUUCCACAAAUGGUAUUGGAACACAAUGUACUUCAAAGCAAAGUAAACGACGAAUAUUGUGGGAAAGCUGUUAAGAAACAUUUGUUACAAAAUUCGUCGUUGUUGUCGCAUUUGGAACGCUCUGGUCUUGUACAAGACAAUACAUGUUUUAUUGAAUUUGGAGCAGGGAAGGGCAAGCUGACUUAUUGGUUAGGGCAAAUGAUAAAAGAUAUGAAAGACAGUUGUAUUCUGUUAGUAGACCGAUCGAGUCACAGACAUAAAAGCGAUAAUAAAUUAAAGAACGAACAAUCUUCUCUCGAAAUAAAAAGGAUCCGAGCCGAUAUCGCCGAUUUAAAACUGAACGAUGUUAGGGAAAUUCAGAAGUUCAAUUAUAAGGUUGGUAUUGCCAAGCACUUGUGUGGAUCAGCUACAGAUUUAACUAUAAAUUGUUUAGCCCGAGCAAUGCAAAAUGAACCUAAAUGCAACAUCACCGGCUUAAUAAUUGCAUUCUGUUGCCACCACAGAUGCGAAUACGCGUCGUACGUUGGAAAAGAAUAUUUGGAACAAUGUGGAUUUACAUCGAACGAAUUUCCAAUUUUAUGCAGCAUUGCCAGCUGGGCAACUUGUGGAUCUACCAUAAACAAAACAGCCAUAAAUCCAGAUGGUCCAAACGAUCUUAGCGACACAAGAACAAGCGGAAAGCAUUUAAUCUCGAGCGAAAGAGAAAAUAUCGGUCGUAAAGUGAAAUCGUUAUUAAAUUGGGGUCGUUUGAAGUUCUUGGAAACCAUUGGAUUCCGAAGCAAUUUAAUUUAUUACACCACUACUGAAAUAUCCCUAGAAAACAUGUGUAUUAUAUCUACGAAAGACCAAAUAAAGUGA